UCCCUUGUUGAAUUCUUUGUUUCAGCCAUAGGAAACUAGCUGAUGAGCUAACUCCUCCCGUCUUUCUUGGGCACAAGGAGCAGUCUUUUCCUCUUACUUUGGCCAACUCGGGUUUGUCCAUUCCUCAUUUCUUCGUGUGUUUCUUCUUUGUAUCCUCAGGGUCGAUUCACAGUUGGGUCUGUUUACUUAAUGGAUGAAUUUCCCCACCAAGAGGUUUGGUUUCGGUUUGUGCUCUAUUUUGUUUUGUUUUCCAGAAUUUCUAUAGAAUUUUUUAAAAAUGAGUGUAGUAGGAGGGAGCUACGGGGAGUACAGCAUUACCUCCCCCAGGUCACAGAUAAGUGAGAUUGCAAAAACAGAUCUGGCCCGUUAGGCGUUCCCAAAGAGAGAGACCCGUGGAGGCCAACCGGCUGUUUGGAGCGCUAAGCUGUGCCUUAAAGUGUGAGGUGUCUCAGCCCUGGACAUUUCCCGGAUUUGUAACUGGAGUUGAGUUAAUGUUGUGAGGUGUUGCAGGCCGUACGGAUGGGUCAAGAAGGAAUCCGGAGAGCUUGUGUCCCGGGUAAAGAUUGGCUAGUGCCGGAGGUCCCGGGACGAGAAAAGGAAGGCCAGACGUCCUGUGAAGUGAGUCACCCUUCUCUAACCCUUCCAAACCGGACAUACGUAGCGCUAUGGCCUUGAUCGCCCUCUCUGCUCCAAGAAGAGCUAGUUAAUGACUGUGAGCAAAUAGGAGUGUGAAGACAGCGUGUCCUCUGGGGCCUUUGUGCUCUGAGCUGUUUACGUAGGGUCCGGGGGACUCACACUUCCGCGGGACUCCGCGGCUCGCGAGCCUUAUCCCCAGCCUCCUCCCUCGGACACUGGCUUUGCGAGAUCUCCGGGCUCAUCGCGAAUGCCUGGGUUUGGUCCCCGAGGGCAGCGAGACAGCUCGGCAUUCCAGGCACUGUCUGGUAGCCGUACCCACCCUCGCAGCCCUAUGCUCAUUUUCUGAGGCUGUUAGCACAGAGCCCCGCCGGCCGGGAUAGGCGGGACGGUAGGAUGGCCUCUCGGCGCCCUCUGGGUGUCGGCAUUCGUCGCCGGGCAGCUGGGGCGCCCAGGGCGGUCGCCCUACGCACAGACGAGGAGUUUCCGGCGCUGGAGCCUCUGCAGCCAGCGCAGGGAACGAGCGCGGAAGAGAGUGGGCGGCGGGAGGCGGAGCAAGAGAUGCGGGGGGCGUGGACGCGGCCCGCUUUGGAAAGGCCCCAAGUUAAUGAGGCGUGCGCCGGCGGCAGAGCGCCUUUCCGAGCUGGGCUUUCCCCCGCGGUGCGGGCGCCAGGAGCCGCCUUUUCCGCUGGGUGUCACUCGGGGGUGGGGGGGAUGGCCCAUUCAAAAGCGCCGCGAGGGGGCCCGGCCAGUGCCUUUCAGUGAGCGCUCGCAAGAGGACGGCAGAGGCCCGGAGGCUCGCUGCUCCGGGACCUUGUGGAGCAUCAGGACGCGGCUGCCCUCCUGCCCGGACCCCGAGCCGCCUCCGCCGCCGUCGCUCUGCUUCCUGCGCGUUAGCCUUCUCUGCGCGCUCCGGACAGGCGGCCGCGGGAGCCGCUGGGGCGAGGACGGCGCGCGGCUGCUGCUGCUGCCCCCGGCCCGGGCGGCUGGAAGUGGAGAGGCCGAGCCGAUCGGCGCCCUUCCCUAUGCCGGGAGGAUGUUGGAGAGCAGCGGCUGCAAAGCGCUGAAGGAGGGUGUGUUGGAGAAGCGCAGCGACGGGUUGCUGCAGCUCUGGAAGAAAAAGUGCUGCAUCCUCACUGAGGAGGGGCUGCUGCUCAUCCCGCCCAAGCAGCUCCAACACCAGCAGCAGCAGCAGCAGCAGCAGCAGCAGCAGCAGCAGCAGCAACAGCCCGGGCAGGGGCCGGCCGAACCGUCCCAACCCGGAGGGCCCGCCGUGGCCAGCCUCGAGCCGCCGGUCAAGCUCAAGGAAUUGCACUUUUCCAACAUGAAGACCGUGGACUGCGUGGAGCGCAAGGGCAAGUAUAUGUACUUCACUGUGGUGAUGGCCGAGGGCAAGGAGAUCGACUUUCGGUGCCCGCAGGACCAGGGCUGGAACGCCGAGAUCACGCUGCAGAUGGUGCAGUACAAGAACCGUCAGGCUAUCCUGGCGGUCAAGUCCACGCGGCAGAAGCAGCAGCACCUGGUCCAGCAGCAGCCCCCGCAGCCGCAGCCCCAACCCCAACCCCAGCCCCAGCCCCAGCCUCAGCCUCAGCCUCAGCCCCAGCCCCAGACACAAUCUCAGCCGCAGCCCCAACCCAAGCCCCAGCCCCAGCCGCUCCACCCAUAUCCGCAUCCGCACCCUCACCCGCACCCGCACCAACUACCGCACUCGCACCAGCAACCGCUCUCACAACCGCUCUCGCAGCCGCACGGCCACCGGCUCCUCCGCAGCACCUCCAACUCUGCCUGAAGGGGGCAGCACCCGGGCCAGACAAGGUUUUGAGGACUUGAAGUGGGACGAACACCUGUCUAUUGUCUUCACUUGAAUCGAAAACAAAAGUCUCCCCGCCCAGCACGAGAUCGAGUAGUUUGGACCUCACCCGACUGAUAACUUGAGAUUCCUCUUAGUUUUCUGCAUACUCUUCAUCACAAUGCAGGAGACGGUUUCAGUCCAGAAGGCUUUAUUUAUGAACCUUUGAAAGGCUCUUCCAGUAUGGUGGACCUUCUAGGAGCGAUGAUGUACUGUAAUUUUAUUUUAAUGUAUUUUGAUUUAUGAUUAUUUAUUAGUUUUUUUUAAUGCUUGUUUUAAGACAUUUCUGAAUGUAGGCCGUUUUCCAAAAGAGAAACUUUUAUUUUCAAAAACCUAUUCCCUAGUAAGUUCUAAUCCUGGAAAAGAAAAAAGUAGAAGGGCGGGGUGGAGGGGAAAACCAUUAAGAACUCCUUCCUUAUUCCUAGGCAUUUUCAGAAGGUCUGACACUUUCAUUGUUAUGCCAGGUGGUUGAAAUUAAACUCUGAUAUUACUUCA